AUGGCCGACUUCCUUUCGGGCCUUGCGAAUCGAAAAUUCAGCAUCAAUCGCAAUACCGGCGUGCCACGCCCUGCACGCCGCUUUUCGAUUGGAGAGCCUGGCCUCGCCGAGGCCAGCAGUAAAGUUCACAGGCAAUUCCGGGCCGCCCAUGAGGGUCAUCUUCCCCAUGCCGGGUUAGACGCGAGUAGGUCGUCUACUGGGGUCGUCUGGUGCACUGAGCGAGCCGCCGAGCACGGCUUCCUCGAAGAGCCCGAGAAAUGGGCCAACCUAGGCCGUAUGUGCCCUCAGAGGCUGGUGGAUGAUGAGAUAAAGGGAUGCUUCCCCAGGCCCACGACCAUCGACAUCAGCGUCGCCAGCCGAGAGUAUGGACCAACCGCCGGAAUCAAGCCCCUGAGAGAAGCCGUUGCCCGCCUGUACAACGAGAUGCACCGUAAGGGCAAGCCGAGUCAGUACACGUGGGAGAACGUUGCCAUUGUUCCCGGCGGCCGCGCAGGCUUGAUUCGUAUCGCUGCCGUCCUGAACAACGCAUACGUCGGCUUCUUCAUACCCGACUACACAGCGUAUAAUGAGAUGCUGUCACUCUUCAAGAAUUUCGCGGCGAUUCCUGUCCCCUUAUCCGAAGAAGAUGGCUACCACAUCCACCCGGACAAGAUUGCCGAGGAGAUUGCCCGCGGAACUGGCGUUAUUCUCACAUCCAACCCUAGGAACCCCACGGGCCGUGUCGUGGCGAACCCGGAGCUGGCCGAGAUCCAGGACCUGUGCCGCGAGCGAGCCACGCUCAUCAGCGACGAGUUCUACUCGGGAUACAACUACACUAGCAACUGCGACGGGACCACCAUCAGCGCUGCUGAAAAUGUCAUCGAUGUGGACGAGGACGACGUCCUCAUCAUUGACGGCCUGACCAAGCGCUUCAGACUUCCCGGCUGGCGCGUUGCCUGGAUUCUGGGGCCCAAGGAGUUCAUCAAGGCCAUCGGCUCCUGCGGCUCGUACCUCGACGGCGGCACCAACGUGCCCUUCCAGGAAGCCGCCAUCCCGAUGCUUGAGCCGGAGCUGGUCAAGAAGGAGAUGGCGGCGUUACAGAGCCACUUCCGCGACAAGCGCGAUUACGUGGUCGGCCGCCUGCGCGCCAUGGGCUUUUCCAUCCGCUACGUGCCCGAUUCCACCUUCUACCUCUGGCUCAACCUCGAGGGCUUGCCCGGUCCCAUCUCGGACGGGCUCAACUUCUUCCAGGCCUGCCUUGAGGAGAAAGUCAUUGUCGUCCCGGGGAUUUUCUUCGACCUGAACCCGGCCCGCCGCCGCGACCUUUUUGAUAGUCCGUGUCAUCACUUUGUACGGUUUUCGUAUGGCCCCAGGAUGGAUGUGCUUAAGAUGGGGUGUGAUGGGAUUGAAAGGGUUGUUAACAAGUGCGUCUCUCUCCUCGUGUUUUUCCCGUGGAGCCGUGAGAUGUGUGCUAACUGGUGGUGUUCUUCCUGA